AUGUCCAGGGUGGAAACCGUGCAGGCUGCCCGAGAUGGCCGAGGGGGUGGUCGAGGGGACGCGGCGGAGAAGUUUGCUGGGACUGGGGUGUUCCCUGGAGGAGGCCUCCUGCCACUGACUGUCCGGAGCCGCCCCGGGGUCAGGCCUGUGUCCACACAGGUCGGCGGGCCCAGGGCAGAGUCUGACCCAGGAUCACGAGCCGGGCCUGCCGGGGGUCUCCGGGUGACUGCAGCCUCCGUGCCUGGGGGAGGGCAGGGAAUCCUCCGACCUCCCCGGUGCCCGGGGGCACUGCCUGGCCCCCAGGUGCUGCUGGCCGGCCUGUGUCCUGGGCAGGGGCAGGGCGGAGCCCUGCCCGGAGCUGGCUCACGCGUGCUCCCCGCAGCCAUCCGCGUGAGCUGCACGGGCGCCUGCAGGGUCUCCGGCAAGGCCAACGACUCGACGUGGGCGGCGGAGGAGAGCUACGCCAACAGCUCGCUCUCGCUGGCUGACAAGGGGAGCCUGCCGGCCGGAGAGCACAGCUUCCCCUUCCAGUUCCUGCUUCCUGCCACGGUGCCCACGUCCUUCGAGGGCCCGUUCGGGAGGAUCGUGUACCAGCUGCGGGCCGCCAUCGACACCCCGCGCUUCUGCAAGGACCGCCAGUGCAGCCUGGCGUUUUACGUCCUGAGCCCCCUGAACCUGAAC